ACCAUUUUAGACAGGGAAAAUGGCGUCGCCGAGUGCGGCUGCUGAUUUGGAGCAAACAUUAUUAAGUUUAGAAAAGUUGGAUAGAUCAUCUCCAGAACUGUGGCCGGAGCAAAUUCCAGGAGUGUCAGAAUUUGCAGCUUUCAAAAGUCCUGUUGCAGGGAGUCAGUCACCACCGUGGUCUGCCAAAUUGGAAGACGAUGAUAUAGACAUGUUACAAGAGUUUGGAAGUCUAACUACUGCCAACCUAAUGGAGAAAGUGAAAGGAUUACAAAACUUAGCAUAUCAGUUAGGUUUAGAGGAAGCCCGUGAGAUGACGAGGGGAAAAUUUUUAAACAUACUGGAAAGACCCAAGAAAAGGAAGUGAAAUGGAUUUUUUUAUAUGUAUAUAGAAAAUUGAGAGCAGAAUAUUUAUUGGUGCAGUUCAAAAGUGUUUUUAGUGUCAAUAGAAACUGCAUCCAAACUUCCCCACCAAUGCGUGUUCAUAGUUCCACCUAUGAGUGACUUGUCCUUAAAUGAUCUAGGGUUUGUAUCAAAGCAAGUACACUAAUGAUUUAUAAGAUUUAUACAUUGGAUAUUUUAUUAUCUUUUGGUUACAAAAACAUUUGCAGUAAUAUAUACUGCAGAUGGACAAGCAACUGCAUUGACCUGAGCUACUUGCUGGGAAUCACUUUUAUAGUUAAGCCUCUUUAAAAAAAUUGGACUAAUAAAGACAUAAACAGACCAUGUCUAUCACAAUUGUAAAUGGCAAUCAAUGUUUGUAAAUUGUGUUAGGUUACCAUUGACCACAACGAUUGCAAGUCAAACAAAGUUCUCCACAUGUACAAGGUUCCAGUUACUAAAGAAAGAUCGAAGAAAUUAGAUUGACUCUGUAACUGCAAAUGACAGUGCUGCACCAGUACCAAGGCCAACUGCUAGAAAGAAUGCCAUCAUUGUGCCAGCCGUUUCUUUAUGUUCAUCUGCUACUUUCCUGCAAAAACAAACCAUGUCAUACCAAUAAAACAAUAAAGUACUAACACUGUUUAUUAUGCUGAAGUCAUGGAUAAAUUAAUCUAUCUCAUUUGAAAAACACACACUGAAUAUUGGUAGGUAAUCUUGUAUGUUCUGGUAUCAGGAAUUCUGUGCAUCAUUUAUAUGCAGCCCUUGAAUGUUUUCACUGUCAAACUAGAGACCAUUAAAACAGGAAU